AUCUCACGCGAUCAAGAUUAGACAUCACAGACAUUAUCGAAAAUUGCAAUACUAAUCGUAUCGAUAAUAACUGUUUAUGGAGUUGCUUUAUUAAAGUUCAGUAGUAUGUGACAAUCCAAAGAAAGCAGUUGUCAGCUUGUAGUUAUAAAAGGAAAAAAAUUUAAAUUCCAUUGAACUUUGGUCUAUAUACAUAAAAUUGUACAGCUGAGAAGUUUAUACUGACUUAUCAAGCAUAUAGUUAUGGCUCAAAAAAACAUUUUCAUUCAGAAUGAGGGUGGUCCAUCGACAUUCCAUUUUGAUGAAAAUUUAGACAAUUUACCACUGCCAAGUUUAGACGAUACCUUGCAGAGAUAUUAUAAAAGCUUAAUUCCGUUUGCGAGUGACGAAAAUGAAUUGAAAAAUACUGAAAAAAUCAUCAAUAAAUUCAAAAAUGGAAAUGGGAAGAAGCUCCAAAAGAUGCUACAAGAUAAAGCAUCAAAAGAGAAGAAUUGGGUUGAAAAAUACUGGGAAGAUUAUGCUUAUCUCACAACCAGAGUUCCAUUAGCUCCAUAUUGCGUUAUGUCGCAGCCACUUUUGACAUCAUAUACAGGCAUCAAAACAACGAAAGGAAAUUUGUUGAGAAAUUUCUCAAGAAUCGUUUAUUAUUCCUUAGAGUUUUGGAAUUUAAUAAGACAUGAAAAGCUCCGAGCGGGAACAAGUGCAGAUGGAAAGACGUAUUUUUCAUCGAAUCAAUUUAAGAGGAUGUACAACACAUCACGAAUUCCUGGAGACUUCAAAGAUGAAAUUUCUUGUUAUUUUAAACUAAAGUCCGAACAAUCAUGUCCAUCACACAUUGUAGUUAUUGGAAAUGGACGUAUUUUCUAUUUUGACGUGAUUUAUGAUGAAAAAUUGAUGACUCCACAAGAACUGCACCAUACGCUUUCAAUAAUUUAUGGAAAAAUCAAUGAUGAGAAGAACAACAUGGGAAUUCCAAUUUUAACAAGUGAUGACCGAACAGCAUGGUCAAAAAAUCGACGACAUUUAAUGGAACUAUCGAAAGAGAAUGAACAUUAUUUUAAAAUCAUUGAGUCAUCAAUUAUCGCUUUAUCAUUUGAUGUCUCGGAACCAUCUGACAUUUCAGAGCUCUCACAAAAAACUAUUGACGGUGACAUUCAUUCGCGUUGGCAUGAUAAAUCUUCAACAUUAGUUGCAUUUAGAAAUGGUCUUUUUGGUUUUGUUGGCGAGCAUUCAUGUUACGACGGAGCAUUAAGCUUCUCGCCUUACAUUUUGAUGAAUUUGAUGGACGAUCCCGAACCAGAUUGGAAUGAGAAAUUGAAGCUGCAGAUUAUUCCUAAAGAGAUUGAAUUUAAAGUUGAUGAUAAAGUUCAGAGUGAAAUUGAUAGGCUUGAAAAAUGGAAGGAUUCAGUCCAAAAUAUUGUGACUGUACAUUAUGGAGAGUACAAAAGUUACGGUAAAAAUGCUAUGAAGGAUCAAAAGCUUCAUCCUGACUGCUAUGUUCAAAUGGCACUUCAACUUACUUAUUUUAAGUUACACGGCAACCUUGCAUCGACUUAUGAAACUGCAACUAUGAGGAAUUACUAUCAUGGAAGGACUGAAACUGUUCGAUCAUGUUCUAUUGAAGUAAUGGAAUGGAUUGACAAUUGGUUUGAUGAAAAAGCUACGUCAGCUGAAAAGGCAAAAUAUUUCCGACGUGCUGCAAACUCUCAACACAAACUAAUGAAUGCUGCAAAACAAGGAAAAGGAGUUGAUCGACAUCUCUUUGCGCUUUCAUGCUUAGCUCUCGAAAAUCAAAUGCCAAUACCAGAACUUUACAACGAUCCAUUAUUUCAAAAAUCAGGUGGAGGUGGAAAUUUCAUUCUAUCCACAUCGACUCUUGGAUAUUUCAUUAAUAUUGGAUUUGUGGCACCGAUGUUGAAGGAUGGAUAUGGAACAUUUUAUACUAUGCUUGAAAAUCGUAUUUGGAUUAUCGUAACGACUUAUAAAGAGAGUGAUGUGACAUCUGGUAAAAAGUUUUAUGAUGCAUUCGAGACAUCGAUGACAGAAAUUAUGGAUUUGUUGAACUCAACGACGGAAUCAAAGUUGUAAAUGCUAAGUUUAAGGACAUAAAUGUUCAAAUUAUUUUUUACGAUUAGUAUUUUGGUCAGUGCUUCUCAAAGUUUUGACUUUGGUACACUGGUUGAUCGGCAAUGUCUUUUUUUUUGUCAAGCUUUAAAAUGCUUGAGAAUCGCUGAUUUCAAUACUCACUUUUAAGAUUUAGAAGAAUUUAAUAAAAC